CUCAGUCGCGCGUUAGGAGGCUUGGCUCGUUGUGCUGCGCCUUGUUCCCGCCGGCGUCAGGGACCUUCCCGACUCAGUGGCCGCCAUGGCAUCGGACGAAGGCAAGCUUUUCGUCGGCGGGCUCAGCUUCGACACCAACGAGCAGUCGCUGGAGCAGGUCUUCUCCAAGUACGGCCAGAUCUCCGAAGUGGUGGUCGUGAAAGACAGGGAGACCCAGCGGUCGCGAGGGUUUGGUUUUGUCACCUUCGAGAACAUCGACGACGCCAAGGACGCCAUGAUGGCCAUGAACGGGAAGUCGGUGGACGGGCGGCAGAUCCGGGUAGACCAGGCCGGCAAGUCGUCCGACAACCGGUCCCGUGGGUACCGAGGUGGCUCCGCGGGGGGCCGGGGCUUCUUCCGAGGGGGCCGAGGCCGGGGCCGCGGGUUCUCCAGAGGAGGAGGGGACCGAGGCUACGGGGGGAGCCGGUUUGAGUCGAGGAGUGGGGGCUACGGAGGCUCCAGAGACUACUACAGCAGCCGGAGUCAAGGCGGUGGCUAUGGUGACCGAAGCUCCGGUGGGUCCUACAGAGACAGCUACGACAGUUACGCUACACACAACGAGUAAAAAUCCUUCCUGCUCAAGAUCGUCCUUCCAAUGGCUGUAUAUUUAAAGAUUUUGGGAGCUUCGCUGAAUCGUUGAUGUGUAGUGAACAUACCUCCUUGUACCCCACUUUUGUAGUCUUCUCGGUUCUGAUCUUGUCAAACACAGCCUGACUGCUUCUGACCCCCAGCUGGCCUCCUUGCUAGACCUUUCUUUUGAAGGAAGCGCUGUCCGUUUUUAAGGGUUUUAAAAACGUUUUGAGAAGCACUUCAGAUUCUCCUUUGUUGUUUCUACCAGGAGCCAUAAGUUUUUUAGGAAAUCACUGGGGCUUGUGUUGCCGUUUUUGUUCCUCUUUUUAGCGGGGUCAGGCCCCUGAAGUUGGGCGCCCCGGUUUCUUCUCUUAAGAUUGAACGGACUCUGAAUCCGCUUUUUGUCGGAAGCUGAGCACGCUGUGGCUUUUUCCAACUCUGUGUAACGUUUCUGAGUGUCGCGUGGUAGGACCCGUCCUGCGGCAGCCACAGAGGCGCUCCGGCUGCCCUGGGCCUGGCGUGAACGGCCCUUCUAUGCUAUGUAUGACCCGCAGUAGAUCGCAGACGUCCCUCGAGAGGUUCUUGAAAAUGUUUAUUUAUAUUGUCCUUUUUUACUGGAAGACGUAUGCAUAUCUUAUUGAUGUUGUAUUUGAAGUGGUUAAGGAAUUCUUGUACGCAGUUUUCUUUGGCUUCACGAAGCCGAUUAAAAGACCGUCUGAAAUGAA